AUGAUCGAUCUCGGGCUCGCCCGAGUCGGGCGCCUCGUCCAACAUACACCACAAACCUGGAAAGCCAUCCACGUGGCCGGCACGAACGGCAAGGGCUCCAUCUGCGCCUAUCUCUCGGCCAUGCUCUCGGCCAGCGGCCUCUCCCACGCGCAGUUCACCUCCCCCCACCUGGUCGACCGCUGGGACUGCAUCGCGGUAGACGGCCAGCCCGUGUCGGAGGCGGUGUUCCGAGACGCGGAGGAUACGGUCAAGCAGCGGGACCGGGACGGGCGGGUCGGCGCGACGGAGUUUGAGCUGCUGACGGCGACGGCGUUUGAGAUCUUUCAUCGGCAAAAGGUGGAAUAUGGCGUGGUUGAGGUCGGGCUGGGCGGCAAGCUAGACGCGACCAAUGUGCUUCAACAGAAGGCGGUCACGGUGAUUGCUAAGAUUGGGCUUGAUCACCAGGCGUUUCUCGGCAACACGAUCCAGGAGAUUGCGCUGCAGAAGGCUGGGAUUGUGCGGCCUGGCGUCCCUUGUGUGGUGGACUCCAGUAACGAGCCCUCCGUUCUGAAAGUGAUUGAGGAACAUGCGCGAGAGGUCGGGUCCAAGGUUCAGUUCCCGGAUACGGCAGCCGUUGAGGACGCGGUGGCCGGGGAAAAACUUCAGUUUGAGCCACAUCAGAUACAGAAUCUGGCCUGCGCGUACACAGCGUUUGGUCUGGCGUGCCCUGAACAGCAACGCCCGCUCGCUAGCUUCCUCUCCGCCAUCCAGCAGAAGCCACGGCCGGGCCGGUUACAGAAACUAAACAUUGAAAAGGUCACCGGUCAGCCCCGGGAAGUACUCCUUGACGGCGCGCACAACCCGCAGUCGGCCGAGGUCCUGGCCCAGUAUGUUGACAAGCAUCUGCGUUCGGACGCCAACAAGCCUGUGACAUGGGUCCUGGCGGCCACCCAGGGUAAAGACAUGGACGGCAUCUUCAGUCUCUUACUCCGGCCGGGUGACCAGGUCGCUGCUGUCCGGUUUGAACCCGUCGAUGGGAUGCCUUGGGUCAAGCCCACGGACCCCGCAGAACUGCUACAGCUCGCCGCACGGCAUGGUGCAGAGGCAAAGACGUUGUACGAUGCAGGACAUGAUGUGAAAGGCGCCUUGGCCUGGGCUUCCCAGGCAGCCGCAGACGGGCCAGGAGGACCGACGGCUGGGAAAGAUGUGGAUGAAUGGCUUAUUGAGGAUUACAAAAAGGACGAAACGGGGACGUUUAUGCAACACAUUGCUGCGGGCGUAGACCUCUUGCUAGAGGAUGAGCAGGCGGUCUUGGUGUUUUCCGGCGGACCAACCCGCCGCGAGCUCAACCUCUCCGAAGCCCGCAGCUACUACAACCUCGCGCUCGCCAACCACCCAGCUGUCUCCCGUUUCCCUCCUCCUCCUCUAACCCACACCAACCCCUCGGAUAACAACACCACCACCACCAACCGCAUCCUCCUCGAAGAACGCGCCCUCGACUCCUACCACAACAUCCUCUUCUCCCUCCUCCUCUUUUGGCACCACCACUCCCACUGGCCGCGCCAUCUGACCCUUGUCAGCCACGCUUUCAAACGUGACCGCCUCGUCGAGGGCCAUUGUGCUGCGAUUGGGUUCCCGCUGGAUAGGGUCCGGUUUGUGGGGAUUAAUCCGCCUGUGAAGGAGGUGAAGAAGCAGGCGGUGUUGGGUGCGCAGUUGGCGCUGGGACAGUGGGAGGCGGAUCCGCAUGGGGUUGGGUUGGAGUUGAGUGGGAAGAGGAAGGGGAGGAAUGUGUGGGGGGUGGAUCAGCGGUUGUUUGGGGGGAGGAGUGAGGAGGAGAGGGAGAGGAGUGGGGUGGUGGUGAGGGUUUUGGGGGAGGGGGAGGAUGGGUUGGAGCCUGGGGGGGUUAGGCCUUGGGUGUAA